AUGGCGGAUAAGGUAGUUCUGCUAGAUUUCUGGCCCAGCAUGUUCGGGAUGAGAGUCAGAAUCGCCCUGGCUGAGAAAGGGCGUGGGGAGUAUUGGGAUGGAAGUACGGAGUUAGAGACGAAGAGAUAUUUACCAAAACAAGAGUCUUUGCUGUUGGAGUUGAAACCCUAUCACAGAAAAUCCCCAGUUCUCAUCCCAAUGAAUGAUCAAAUGGUUGAAACUCUGCAUUUUGAGUUGCAGCUAUACGGGCCAGGGAGGAAGCUGUUUUGGUCGCCAGAAGAACACGAGGAUGCGGGGAUGGAGUUCAUUGGAUACCUCAAGGUGCUGGAAGGAGAGCUCGGAGAUGAGCCCUUCUUCGGUGGCGAGACCUUUGGGUUCGUGGACAUUGCUCUGAUCACAUUCUACAGCUGGUUCAAGGCAUACGAAACCUACGGCAACCUAAGCGUGGAGUCGGAGUGCCCCAAGCUGAUAGCAUGGGCCAAGAGGUGCCUGGGCAGGGAAAGUGUGGCCAUGUCCCUUGUUGACCAGGACAAGGUCAGUGGCUUCAUUGCCCAAGUGAGACAGGAACUUGGGUUGAAGUAGGGUAUGUGUUGGUUGGGGCUGUGGUUUGGGUUGUCUUGUAAUUGUCUUACUAGCUCCCAGGACCCAUAAAUAUCCUUAAUGGUGCCACUUUGCAUUUAGUUGUUGUUGUUGUUGAUGAUGAUGUUGAAGACACAUAGGAGUGUCUUUUCUUCUGGUCAGCAUGGUUAUCGUUGUGUCCUGCUUAUUUAAUGUAUGGAUAAGACACUUGGGUGUGUCUUGAAUAUUGAAUAAAGUGUCUUGAAUAUUGAAUCUCUCUAUUUCUUGCA